AUGGAGUGGAAUCGGUACUCCUCUUCUCCCGCUGAGGAGCAGCAUGUUGAAGAGUCUGAACUUUCAGGCCCAGGACCCGCUGUUCCGACUGUCGACGAUCCUGCGCUUCCUACUCUCCGGUCGCAGUCAAACUCUCGUCCAUCAGCGGAUCUUCACGUCUUGCCUCCAACUUAUCAAAACAUUUCUGUCGCAGGACCUCAAAUGGCUUUUCAACCUCAGGUUGCUCCCAUCUACCAAUUUCCUCAAAUCCCCCUCAUGCCCGGCACGAUGCCAACGCAGCAAGCUGGUUGGAUUCCACCGUCUCCGGGGCCUGUAUACUUCACCGAUCAUACGUCGUUCUUUUCGAAUCAAAGCUUUGGUCCCGUCCCUCCGAUCACUUCUGUCAGUCCUGUCACUUCUACUGCGGCCAUGGAGUCAGGUGUGCCUUUUGAUCCGAAUUCUCCACCGCCAUUCAUCGACAGAACACCUCUCUAUCCACCAAGACCUCACGGUGUGAUCAAGAUCCAGAACAUCCCCUAUGGCCUCACUAUGGCGGAAGUUCAACAAUUCAUCGGCAAAUAUGUCCACCAUGACGACUUGAUCAGAGUACAUGUUGAUGGCUUCCCCGUCCAUAUCAUCAUGGAACGUUCGACGGGCAAGACCAUGGACUGCUACAUCGAAAUCGUUUCUCCAGAGGUCGCAGCGGAAGCCCACGAACGUAGUUUUGGCCUUACACGUUGCCAUUAUCCCAAGCUAGGGCAGAGACACGUCAACGUGGAACUCAGCAACCAAGCAGAAUUGAUGAGAGAUUUGUUCCCACGGGCCCGCAGCGUUAUCUGGGUGAAUGAAAAGAACGGAGCGCCGAAAUAUGUCGAGACAACUGAUCCGUACUCGUCGGGCUUCAAUGGCUUCUUGACCAGAGAAGAGUUGAAUGGCGUCAUCAGACAUGCCGAGUAUCCACAACGUUCUCCCUUUGCCAUGCGCAGCUAUCAGCGUACAUUUGAAUGCACCAUCAGUACGUUGUACAAGUACCCAUGGUAUGCGCGAGAAUUGUAUGGAAUGAGACACCAAGCAUUCGUCUUCGCUGUCUAUCUUCGCCAGCUAGAAAUUCUCCUUGGCAAAGCCGACCCCAACGCUCACACUCCCCGUGAAGUCGGCUUGGACAACAAAUUGUUGAUGGACUUCUUUUUCUCCGGCAUGAAUUGUUGCGGUUUCUCCGAGCGUCAGAAAGCUACCAUAGCUGAACUUGCCAUCAAAGUCAGUCAGGGCUGCCCACUUCGCAUCCACGCGAGGCACUGGCCAUUUCAAACUCUCGCUCCUCAUCCCUUCACCUUGUCGGAUCAAGAUGUUGGCAUGUGGCUCGAUAUUUUGAAUCGUGGCAUGAUCGUCAUCGAGAUGGAGGGGCGUGAUUGGAUUGGCGUCGAACCUCAUCUGCUGGUUGCCAGAGACAACAAUGGUUACGUUGAAUUCAUCUGUACCGAAGAAGGCAUGGACCUGACUCGCGAGGAUUUCUCUUCCUUGGAAGUCGGCUUCAUGAACGAGAUGAUGCAUUAUGGCUGGUCAACCUAUCUUCGAGAUCUCGGUGUGGAUCCGACAUCGGUUCUUCCAGGACUACCAAAGCGACCUGAGAAGAAGCCGGACCUCGAAAUGACUCUGCGAACGCUUCCGCCUGUUUCUGGUCCUGAGGUGGUGCGCGGUCAACAAUCCACCACCGUCAAGCAACAUCAGUCCGCUUGCACCGCUGAUCUCGCUGGAACUCACGUUGCAGAUGAUCAAGGAUCCGAUGCUUCUCCUAUCCACGGAGGCGACGAUGAUGGUCGACUUUCAGACACCACAGUCAACCCAGCCGACGAUGGCCCAGAGGUAAAUGCGCCUGAAGGCUCUGGUUCCAGCGAACAUCGAGGAAAUCAACCUACCACUCUUGCACGCAAUAGUCCUCUUGAGGCGUAUUUGAAAGUCCUCCGGCUGACGCGCGACGCCGACCAAGCAGAACGAGAAGCUGAAGAUAGACAAGCUCCAGACCGAGGACGUGGAGCAGGGUUGACAUUGAGUGUUCCAUCUCAAUCACGCGCUCUUCAACGUCAUCGUACCGUCGCCGGCUCGCCUUUUAGAGUUGAGUCUCUUGCGUCGGCACCGCAACGUCUGAGCACGCGCACUGCCAGUGACUCCGCAUUGAGCACUUCUCCCUCCAUGGCCGAUUACAUUAGUCAACAUGCGGGCUUGGGCAAUGGUGUCAUUAGUUCCCCCACAAUCAACACAUUUCGCAACGCGGCUCCAUCCAGCAACCCUGGUAUUGCAUCCUACUCUGACCAAGUCCCUCGUCGCGAGCAUCGUCUAGUUACCAUUCGCACUCUUGAAGGGGCUUCGCUGCAAUUUUCAUCACGAGCACGUUCUUCCACCACCGCUAGAACUGCAGAUACGGAGGAGUCUCGCCCUAGUGCGGCUUACGCUGCAGCUGCUAUAGCAGUGUCCUUGAUGAAUGCCCCGACUACACCACAUCGCUCGGCAACUAAUAGUCCUGUGGUCAUGCCUGCCGUUGGGAGACCUAGUCCCAGCCAUACCCGCGACUUUGGAAUGAGUUCUCCGCUGACAUUUGGCACCGGCGUUGGAAACAGUGCUUCUUCAUCCACCCCCGCUUCCCCGGCUCCAGCUCGCGGCACGAGCAGAGGUAUAGGCGUCACUCUGCCUCCAGGCUUUGGUUCCCCGCUUGCCAACGACGGCACUGCUGCAGGCAGACGCGGACUCGAAGAUUCCGGGUUUGGCAGCCACCCAAGCAGUCCAAAUAUUUCCCGUCGACAACGCUCUCACGCUCGUCCUGCUUUCAAUAUCAACGACACUAUUAAUGAAGAAAUCGAGGACGACUAUGGCGACUUCAUGUCCGGCCCCGGUGCCCAGACUCGUUCUCCAAGGGGAUACGAUUCCUGA